UUGGUGCAAUAAUCUUUUAUUUGUUUUUUAAAUCAAACACAACAAUGAAAAUCUUAUCCUGUUCUGAGCUUUUAUCUGACUGACACAUUGUAACAAACCAUCAGUUUGGAUGAAAAGUAAAAACAUGAGUUAUAAUUGCAAAACAAGUCGGUGCAGGAGACAUCGCAAUACGAGACAGCAGCGGCCAUAAAGCUUCAUAGACGUCUGGGGGGGGGGGGCGCACCACAUGAUCUCUGGUGAACUGGGCCGAGGAAAUGCCUGAGGGUUUAGUGGUUUAAAGAAGUCGAAUUAGACGGCAAAGGUUCAAUGGACAGGAGAACAUGAGUCUGCAUAAUGUGCUGUGUACAGAAAAUGAAUCCUAUAGACUGUAGACUGUGUGUUAAGAAAUAAAUAUAAAUACACAUACAUGCUUCAGAGUGGAAGUCAGUGAAGUAACUUAGGAUCAGUGACCCCACCAGCAGAAUAGUGAGUACAGCUCUGGAGUAUAAUACAGGAUAUAACUCAGGAUCAGUACAGGAUAAGUAAUGUAAUGUAUGUACACAGUGACCUCACCAGCAGAAUAGAGAGUACAGCUCUGGGGUAUAAUACAGGAUAUAACUCAGGAUCAGUACAGGAUAAGUAAUGUAAUGUAUGUACACAGUGACCUCACCAGCAGAAUAGUGAGUACAGCUCUGGAGUAUUACAGGAUAUAACUCAGGAUCAGUACAGGAUAAGUAAUGUAAUGUAUGUACACAGUGUCCUCACCAGCAGAAUAGUGAGUACAGUUCUGGAGUAUGAUACAGGAUAUAACUCAGGAUCAGUACAUGAUAAGUAAUGUUAUGUAUGUACACAGUGACCUCACCAGCAGAAUAGUGAGUACAGCUCUGGAGUAUAAUACAGGAUAUAACUCAGGAUCAGUACAGGAUAAGUAAUGUAAUGUAUAUACACAGUGACCUCACCAGCAGAAUAGUGAGUACAGCUCUGGAGUAUAAUACAGGAUAUAACUCAGGAUCAGUACAGGAUAAAUAAUGUAAUGUAUGUACACAGUGACCUCACCAGCAGAAUAGUGAGUACAGCUCUGGAGUAUAAUACAGGAUAUAACUCAGGAUCAGUACAGGAUAAGUAAUGUAAUGUAUGUACACAGUGACCUCACCAGCAGAAUAGUGAGUACAGCUCUGGAGUAUAAUACAGGAUAUAACUCAGGAUCAGUACAGGAUAACUAAUGUAAUGUAUGUACACAGUGACCUCACCAGCAGAAUAGUGAGUACAGCUCUGGAGUAUAAUACAGGAUAUAACUCAGGAUCAGUACAGGAUAAGUAAUGUAAUGUAUGUACACAGUGACCUCACCAGCAGAAUAGUGAGUACAGCUCUGGAGUAUAAUACAGGAUAUAACUCAGGAUCAGUACAGGAUAAGUAAUGUAAUGUAUGUACACAGUGACCCCACCAGCAGAAUAGUGAGUACAGCUCUGGAGUAUAAUACAGGAUAUAACUCAGGAUUAGUACAGGAUAAGUAAUGUAAUGUAUGUACACAGUGACCUCACCAGCAGAAUAGUGAGUACAGUUCUGGAGUAUAAUACAGGAUAUAACUCAGGAUCAGUACAGGAUAAGUAAUGUAUGUACACAGUGACCUCACCAGCAGAAUAGUGAGUACAGCUCUGGAGUAUAAUACAGGAUAUAAUUCAGGAUCAGUACAGGAUAAGUAAUGUAAUGUAUGUACACAGUGAUCUCACCAGCAGAAUAGUGAGUACAGCUCUGGAGUAUAAUACAGGAUAUAACUCAGGAUCAGUACAGGAUAAGUAAUAUAAUGUAUAUACACAGUGACCUCACCAGCAGAAUAGUGAGUGCAGCUCUGGAGUAUAAUACAGGAUAUAACUCAGGAUCAGUACAGGAUAAGUAAUGUAAUGUAUGUACACAGUGACCUCACCAGCAGAAUAGUGAGUGCAGCUCUGGAGUAUAAUACAGGAUAUAAGUGUAUAUGAGAUGACGGUCCCUCAUAUUAUCCUCCUCUGAUUCCAAUGUCACCGGCCGCCAUUAUUUUCCACCCUGUAAUGUAUUCGCCCUCACAAUCUUCCCCGGGGAGGGGGUAAUGCUUUAACCUGUUUCCAGCCAAGUGGAACCCCUCCCCCGUAUCUCAGCCGCAUCCAGCACUUCUGAUGAUUUCCCAUGGACACAAGACUCUCCUGCCACUUCGGGCUCUGUUUGCUGCUCCUGGGGUCUCUUUCGGGGGUCUCCGCAGUACCAGAUGAUGAAUGUCCGGACGCACUCCCGGCCCGGGAGAACUGCGACUACGAUGAAGUCUGUGAGGAUUCUUCAUGUCCGUACAACGAAUAUGUCACCUGUCACCUGAACCGCUGCGGGACGUGCGAGGCCAUAUACAGCGGAUACGAUAACCUGACCGUCAACUGUGACCAGCUGACCCCCAAGUGUCGUCUGAUGCACCUAGAGAUGCUGCACAAGAGUCGCAGUGGGCGGAGCCAUCCGGGUAGGGGUAAGACUGAGACCGACAACGUGUACGACCCAGAGUGUGAGGAGAACGGAGCCUUCAAAGCAAAACAAUGCGAUGAAGACUCCACCCUGUGCUGGUGCGUGGACAGCGCUGGGGUCAGGGUCACCGACAAGACCAGCGAUGACCCCAAGUGUGAUCAGCUGAUCAGCGUGCAUCUCAUUCAGAUUCAUUUCACCUUCAAAGUGGACGCGGCACUGCUAAAUGGGAAGGGGGAGGAGCUCCACAGGAAGCUGAUGGCUGAAGUCUCGCGGUUUCUGCUCCGAGCUCCGCAGAUCUUACAAGUGAUGGUUCACGAUCUCAGUCACGAGGUCACCAUGAAGCUGUUCUCUACCAAUGGAACCAAGGAUCCUGUGGACAUAGCGACAGUGGCGUAUUACAUCGAGCGGGAGUUAAAGCGCAGCGCGUUCGCGGUUCCCCUGGAUGGAUGGAAUCUGCAGGUCGACACCGAAUCCAUCCGGGUUUUGUUUUUUGACAAUGAGCCGCCCCGAAUCAACAUGAAAAGCAUCUCCCCCGGGUUCGCUGCCAUCAUUAUCAUCAUCGCCCUGGCUAUUCUCACUGGGAUCGCAGUGUUUGCGGUGUUACAGAGGAGAGCAGAGCAGGAGCGCAUUCAGUUUGAAGUCAUUGAGGGUCACGAGCUGGAGGAUCAGCAGAGGGACGACCUCCGAUACUAUUACUCCUGAUCCCAUAAAGAGGAAGAUUCUUCAGUAACAUUUUCAUAGUAGUCGGCACUACUACCCCCGUAAUCUCUCACCUUCAGCAAGUCUCACUGCAACGCUAGCUGCUCCUGCUCACCAGAUAAGUUCCAAAGCCCCAGAAAAGCAGUUUAAAGAAAGAUGGCCGUCACUCACCGCUCCAUAGAUAAAAUUCUUUAUGGUAAAACUGCAGACAUUGCGAGGUGCAACACGGACAGAUCUCCAGGGUACGCCGCUGGUCAGCCACAUGCCGGGUAACAGCUGUUUACAUCCGCAUCGAAUGGGUCAUGAUGGGUCUGAUGAAGCGUGCGGACGCACGUGCAAACAGCUGUUACCCGACAUGUUGCGGACCUGUGGCGUAUCCUGAAGAUCUGUCCGUGUUGCACCUUGCUAUGUCUGCACUUUUACCAUAAAGAACUCUGUUAUCUAUGGAGCGGUAAGUGACGACCAUCUUUCUUUAUACUUGCAUUCUUCAGUAACAUCCCGAGCCGCGGAUCCAUAUAACGGACAGAGCCCUGAGAACACGGCGGUCACUUCUGAAGGACGCAGCACUAAGGCCUCCCCAGGAU